ACUUGUACGUACAUAUAUAGCACGAAUGUCACCGCUAUACGUUUACCAAACUCACCUCUCACCCACACCCAUUCUUCAACAAUAUGACCAUUGUCUCAAAUGAUCCCACUUGGUGGCCGUCCAUCCAUGCAUAUCGUUUUUCCAGCUAUUUUGGAGUUGCCGCUUUUGUUGGGCACUCACAUUCGGACAAGAGGUCGAACCCAUCUAGACAACGCUGGUAUCUAAUGACAGUGCUGCAUCUCACUGUGCGCUACCUUGGAAUCCUAUCUGCUGGCACUGCUUUGUCCAUGGUUGCAGUGUACAGAACGGGAAAGUCGAGGAGCGAGAUAUGUAUAUAGGCGAUGUCGCCGGAGCAAGUUUCAAUUCGCUCCUGCUUCUAGAUCUCAUCUUUGAGACUCGUAAAUUACCUCUCGUUGUAUCAGAAGCACUAUAUGGGAUAUUGACUUUUGUCAUAUGAUGUGACUGCCUUGUAGUA